GUAGUGUAGCUUUUUUGAAAGAAAAAUCCGACAAGGAAAUCUCGAGUUUGCUUCAUAACAAGAACAUAGCAUAUAAUUAGUAGGACCAGUCUCUUCCUCUCAAGACGAAAUACUUUUUAUAGGCUAAGACUAGCCGAGUCCCCUAUGUCCACUACAACAACGACCUCUCCCAAUUCUCUUUUUUUUUUCCACCAAAUUAAAGGAAAUGUUGUCGAGCAAAAACGUAGUAGAGGCUUGGAACACCACCAACACCACAACGCAAACGCAAACGCCACACAGACCGUCACUGUUACACCCAACAUUUUAUUGGGGUUACAACUGCCAAGUGCUCUUCUCAGGAUGGCCUGGUUCUGACCGUGGGAUGUAUGCGCUGGCACUUAUCUUCGUCUUCUUGUUGGCGUUCUUAAAUGAGUGGCUAGCUCGGUGCUCUGACGCAGACACAAUCAAACCGGGUGCUGAUAAGCUUGCUAAAGUUGCUUUCCGUACGGCUAUGUAUGCUGUUAAGUCCGGGUUUAGCUACCUUGUGAUUCUUGCUGUUGUUUCGUUCAAUGGUGGCGUUUUCCUAGUCGCGAUCUUUGGGCAUGCUCUUGGUUUCGCCGUUUUUCGUGGACGGGCGUUUCGGAAUGUGGGUCGAGUCGACGGGUAGGAAUCGUGAAUAUCAGUAUCUGCAUGGUUUAACACCGAACUAAACGAGAAUGGAACUUGUUUGGUUUAUGGUGUGAUUUGUCAUUUGUGUGUGUUCAUUGACAUGUAAAAAGAGAGAGAGAGAGAGAGAGAGAGAGAGAGAGAGAGAGAGAGAGUUGUUUUAUGAUUCGUAUCGUACGUUACAUUUGGUGAGUGAAGUAAGUGGCGAUCUGUUACUUUGGUUUUCAUUUUAUUUGUUAGUGAUUGUGAGAAUAACUUUGCCAAAUGUACAAAUACCAAAUUCUUCUGUGGAAUACAUCUACAACUACAACA